AUGCUGAUAUAUCCAGAGCCACAUGUUGAGGUGGUUUGCGCGACCCCUUCCGUCUACCUGAACUUUGUUCGCUCCCAUCUGGACCCUCGUGUCAGCGUUGCGGCCCAGAACUGCUACAAGGUGGCCAAGGGAGCGUUUACAGGGGAGAUCAGCCCGGCCAUGAUCAAGGACUGCGGUGCCGACUGGGUACUCCUGGGACACUCGGAGCGCCGCCAUGUGUUUGGUGAGAGCGACGAGCUGAUUGGCCAAAAGGUGGCUCACGCUCUGCAGAGUGGCCUCUGCAUGAUCGCCUGCAUCGGGGAGACGCUGGAGGAGCGCGAGAGCGGCACCACCAAAGACGUCGUGUACGCUCAGACGCAAGCCAUAGCAGACAAUGUGACGGACUGGGCCAAAGUGGUUUUAGCCUAUGAGCCCGUGUGGGCCAUCGGCACGGGCAGGACGGCCUCACCUGAGCAGGCUCAGGAGGUCCACGAGAAGAUCAGGGCGUGGCUCAGAGCCAACGUGUCAGACGAUGUAGCCGACGCGGUGCGCAUCAUCUAUGGAGGUUCCGUCACGGCAGCCAACUGCAGGGAGUUGGCGUCUCAGGAGGAUGUGGACGGCUUCCUGGUGGGCGGCGCCUCGCUGAAGCCGGAGUUUGUUGACAUCAUCAACGCGCGCGCUUGAGAGAAAUGAGACCUACGCCAAGGCUCAAGUUUCUGAAGGGCUCCUCAAGAGACACUCGAUAGACUUCCUUAAUGAACAUGUUAGAAAUGUUUAAAGGGGAACAUUAUCACCAGACCUAUGUAAGCGUCAAUAUUUACCUUGAUGUUGCAGACCAUAUGUUUUUUUAACCGAUUUCCGAACUCUAAAUGGGUGAAUUUGCCAAUCAAACGCCUUUCAAUUGUUCGCUGUCGGAACGAUAAACUUUCACCCGUGACGUCACAAUGGGAAGCAAUCCACCAUUUUCUCCAACACAUUACACACACAAGUCAAAUCAGCUCUGUUAUUUUCCGUUUUUUCGACUGUUUUCCGUACCUUGGAGACAUCAUGCCUCGUCGGUGUGUUGUCGGAGGGUGUAACAACACGAUCAGGGACGGAUGCAAGUUGAUUUACGUGGAGUGUGCAUCGAUUAGCACGGCAUGCUAAUCGAUGCUAACAUGCUAUUUAGGCUAGCUGUAUGUACAUAUUGCAUCGUUAUGCCUCAUUUGUAGCUAUAUUUGCAUCCAGCCUUUCCCUCCACCCACAUUUAAUGCCAAACAAACACUUACCAAUCGACGGAUUUAAGUUGCACCAGUGUCAAAAGAUGUUUGGUCUGCACAUUUUACCGGCGAUGCUACGACAGACAUGGCACAGAGAUGUGUGGAUAUCCUACGACACUCAAAGCAGAUGCAUUUCCAACGAUAAAGUCAACAAAAUCACAAAUGUGAGUUUUGUUGAUGUUAUUGACUUAUGUACUAAUCAGACACAUUUGGUCGCGGCAUGACUGCCAGCUAAUCAAUGCUAACAUGCAAUUUAGGCUAGCUGUAUGUACAAUUGUAGCUAUAUUUGCAUCCAUCCUUUCCCUCCACCCACAUUUAAUG